AUGAGCUUUGAGGAGCAGUACCGCGUUGAGGACAUCAUCCACCCUUCGGAUGAACUAACCUUCAUAAUGCAGGAGAUUUUGAAGUGCUUAACUUCGUUCAGACAAGACACCACAUCCUCCUCGUCAAAGGACGAUUUGAACAACUCCGAACCAGAAUCUCCUCCUGACGCCUCCAAAAACCGUGUUCUUCUCUGCGGUCAAGCUAAUGAUGUGCGUUGUUGCAUCAACGCUCUCACAACCGCAGUUAAUGGCGACCCCUCCAUUCUCACCAGGGUCAUCGUUGCAACCGAAGACAUCUCACCGUUCUCCCCUGAAAUCCUUGAGCCCUCGAAACCCCAGAUCGUUGAAUGGAACGAGGCUGUUUACGAGGAGUACUUGGUGGAGCGCGUUAAAAGGCACUACGACGAGUUUGUGAUAGGUCUGGCGAUUGACUUCUGUCCCACGAUUCGAAGAGUCCGUCGGAUCCGCCACCUCCUUGAAAAGGACGGAACCUUAAUAAUCCCAUCCGAGGGACGAGGGUGGCGAGAGGCACACACCGACCUACUCAGCAGCUUCGUCCGCGACGGUGGACGCUUCCUUGCAUUGGCGGAUCUCAUCCCAAGCGCCGCGCGCGCCCACCGCGAGGCCGAAUUGUUUCAGCCAAUCGAAAGACGACAUUUCCACCAGUUUGGACCAAUCAGCUUGCGGGAACUUGUCCACUCCUCAGGGGAGAAGUGCCGGUGA